AUGACGAGCCAGCAUCACGACUGGACUGACGCACAGGCCGGCAGAAUCACCAUGUACCGUCCCUGCUACCCAUCUACCGUACUAGGCCAAAACAUGAUUGGCUGCUUGGCUGCCUCGGUGGGUCUGCGCCUUUGUCUUGCUUCCGUCUCCUUUCCUGACAAUGUUCUGGAUUCAUCGCAGAGCAGCGAUGCUGUCAAGCUUCACUUUCUGCGCAGUGCUCAUGGUUGA